GAGAGAUGUCCGACCGCGGGUGACCGAAGACCGGCGCCGCGGUGCGAGUGCAGUGGCGGCACGCGAGGGGACGACGGGGUUUGGAGGUUUGGGCGUCCGCCUCGUGCGCGAUUUGAUCUGGACACGGCGCAGGGGCUCGGUCUCGGUCCACCAGCUGCGAUUCUUUGCUGCGGGGCGACCGGCUGUGGACCAGGAUCCGAGCUGUCGUAGAAGAAGAGGGCGGCAGCGGCACAAGGCGCAGAUGCGAAUUGAAUCCCAGCGCUUCUGCUUCUGCUUCUGCUCCUGCUCCGGAUGGUUGUGGAAAUUCCGAGCUUGUGGUUUUUAGGAGGAUUUUGUGCAGGCUCUGUCUCGGCGGAGGGAUUCUGCGUCAUGCGUCCAUGCGGGUCGCAGUGCCUGGAGGGUUUAUAGAAUCGAUGCUCUGAAGCGCGAUAAAGGCAGCGAGGAAGCGGUCUCAGGAAUGGUCGGUGCCCGAGUCUCGAGCGGUGGCAAGAAGAAGCGAUCUGCGGCGAACGGGAGCUACUGAAUUGCAUCAUGUGCGCGAGGACGCCCUCAUGAUCGCCGGGAUUAGCACCAAUCUUCGCACCGCCGGGUCGGAGAGAUCUCGUCGCCACGCGUAUGUUGAUGUUUGCUCUGUACAAAAGGUCGAGGAGGAUGCUUGUGAGAUUGCUGUGAGCGGCGACUGACAGCUCGCUCUCUCUUGCUCGCCGCCGCCGGGGAAUGGCAGUGGGGCUAGCUUGAAGCAGGGAUGCAGAAGUCAGGCUUCAGUUUUAGCGGAUGUAGCCGGCGGCGGUUCCUGGUGCUCAUGCUGUUUCAGCUGAUUGCCAUGUGCUUGGUGUGGACCGUGCUCCAGCAUCUGUCGACUGAUAUCAGUGAGUGGUUACCGCGCUCUUUGAGCGGGCAAGAAUGGGAGCUGAACGAAGAAAUUUUGACGAAGCGGGCAAAACUGCCAUUUUCCGAGAGCUCUGGGGAUCCCAACGACGCGAAGGCCGGCGGUGGAUUGGGAUUCAUUCCUUUCUCCAACGAGCUCUCGAGGUCGUUGCAUCUGAAGAAUCAAGAACCGCCUCGGAAUCGUGAUCUGUUCCCGGAGCUGGCUGCCGAUCACGUUCCGAUCGUUCUCUACGUCCACAAUCGCCCCCAGUAUUUGCAAGUGGUGGUCGACAGCUUGGCCAAGGUGAAGGAUAUAGAGAAGACACUUCUGAUCGUCAGUCACGAUGGUUACUUCCCGGCAAUGAAUGCAAUUGUGGACAACAUCAAAUUCUGUCAGGUGAAGCCGAUAUAUGCCAUUUUUUCUCCUCAUCUGUUCCAGGAUUCUUUCCCAGGGCUAGGCCCGGAUGAUUGCCGGGGAGCAGAGGAUCACGCCGAGAGAGGCUGUGUGGGGAAUCCGGAUCAGUAUGGGAAUCACAGAGCUGUUCGAAUAAUUUCUCUGAAGCACCACUGGUGGUGGAUGAUGAACACAGUUUGGGAUGGCUUGGCCGAAACGAGGAAUCAUGAUGGAAACAUCUUGUUCAUCGAGGAGGACCACGUCAUACUUCCCGAUGCGUAUUGUGCGAUUCAGAUGCUCAUCAAAUUGAAGGCCACCAAGUGCCCCGAGUGCUUGGCCGUCAAUCUUGCACCGGUGGAUGUCAAUUCCAGGGGAGAAAACUAUCCUGUGCUGAUCGUCGAGAAGAUCGGCAACGUGGGGUACUCUUUCAAUCGGACAGUGUUCAACAUGAUUCACUCCAAGUCCAAGCCAUUUUGCAAGUUCGAUGAUUAUAACUGGGACAUCACCAUGUGGGCAGCGGUCUUUCCAUCUUUCCCCUCCGCAGGUUACACACUGAGAGGGCCCAGAGCCAGCGCCAUGCACUUUGGGAAAUGCGGCUUGCAUCAAGGUCAAGAGAAAGGCAAGCCUGAAUGCAUCGAUGAUUACGAUAGGUUGAAAGUGACCUCGGACGAGACGGAGCCCUAUCUCAAUGAGGAGUGGAAGGUUAUGAAAUUUCCCAUUCGGGGAUACAAUAAAGGAUUCGAAGGUUGGGGUGGAUGGGGCGACAAACGAGACCAGCAACUGUGUCUGGACUUCUCUAUCAUGUACCGAAGGUCCAAUCGAAACAUGCCAUUUGAGGAUGGUGUGCAACAAGGGGUAUAGUAUGUAUCAUAGAUCAUCUGGAGUUUUCAGCUCAAAGCUUAGGGCUUUACAACUAUAGUUAAAAUCUCUGUCUUGUGCCCUAAUUUGGUGCACAUCACAUUUUUGUUGUCAUUAUACACCACCCUUUCCUCCCUCCUGGCAUUGAGCAAGCGAUCAGCUCGUGAACGAACUUUGCCUAGAUCUCUUACUGUCUGGGUGGAGGUAAACGGCCCUAGAAUCACUUAGUUACGAUGAGAUACCGAGACGAUUGGCACCAAUGUAGAUCGUGCAAAUCAGAUGGUUCAAUGUUUGUACUGGCAGUUCAUAAUACAAAUGGAACGUGCUUGAAUGUGACGAUAAUUG